AUGCCUAAAGGGAAACGAUCCGCCCGAGCCUCUUGGCUUUUCCGCAACAAACCAGCUGUAGCCUCAGCCAGCGAGACAUUUGGCCGCUUCAAUAUCUCAAUCAUCCACGAUGAAUCCAAAGCCGAAGGCUCCAUUGUCAUCCAACAUGCUGUGUACCUUGAAGGUUUCUCCUCCGGACAGACCCUUGACCUUGUCUUGCGACCCGAAAGCAUAGUCUCGUGCGAACUGUACCUUGACAAUCAAAACCAUAGACUGCCUCCAGAAGUGCUCAACUUGAUACCGACGAACCGUAGCGACAUAUGGAGUCUCUCGUUGACGAUGCGUACUCCCGGUACCGUCAUAUGCCCCACAGCGCCUCUUCCCUUGUCAUUCGUAUCGACCAGUUUUGGACAGCAGUUCGCUGCGUUUUCUCACCUGUGUCAGACAACACAACUUCGGAUCUAUCUUGGCAGGGAUCAACUUCAGUCAGAACACCGCGUGCGCCUCGAGCGCUUUGCUUCUGCUAUCGCCCGGCGCAGACUCCGAGCAAAUCCUAUCGACCUUCGAAGCCUUGGCGGCGGUGGUGGAAAGCAAGAGACAACAUGGGGCUAUAUACAUCCACCUCCAGUGGAACAACAACAGGUGGGCUUUGGUGCCUCAAGAAAACGAAGCCGUGUUGAUUCGAACAGCCAACAACAAUCAGAGGAGCCGUCUACGAAAAUACAAAAAUUCUUCUGGGACAUGGUGCCACCAGGUUCACCCACUGAAGUAAACACUCCAAGUUCACGACACGUCACUCCUAAUCUCACCAACGCCAAUACCCCUGAUGCCGGAUUAAUGCAUCCCUUCACAUCUCCGACAAUCAACAGAGGAUCUGGAGAUGAGCCGUGUCAGUCUAUGACAAACAAUGCCAGGCACAACCAAGAGAGGGAGUCAGGCUCACGAGCCUGCACACCUCUUCCCGCAUAUCCAGCAGGGCUUGGAAAUACCUACACGCCAUCACCUGCCCUCGAGAAAACAAGUUCUCCUGCUUGGGGAUCCAGUAUAGAGAUGAAGCCCACAUUCUUUCCUCGACCUGCAGACAACUACUCCGCUCUGCCACCUGAGCUCACAAAAGUCUUGGGUGGCAUGCUGCAACAAAUGCUACCCAACAUCAUUGAAAGCGCCUUUUCAUCCAUCCUAGCACCAUUACUAGAUGCACGUCUCGAAGCACUAGUAACCCAUAAGAUGGAAACGCUAGUCCAAGAAAAACUACCCCAACUCACUCACCAAGCUCUCCAACAAAACAUGGACAAAUUCAUCGAUGACCUCGAAGAUGAACACAAAAGAGCCGAAGUGGAAAUCGAAGAGACUGUUGGAGAAGCAAAGACGGAACUCAAUGAAGCGCGUGAUCGAGGUAUAGAUGAUAUUGAGACUUGGGCUCAAGAAAGAUUCGAAGAUUUCGAGGAGGAGGUUGUGGGGAUUACCAAGUCUGCUGUUGAAGAGCUGGAAGAUAAGAAGAAUGAUCUGAUAGAGCGGCUGGACCGCAGAUUUCAGAGUCAAUGUAGGAAGUUGAGGGGGGUGCAGAAAUGUGUGAGGAGGAGGUCUAUAUAG